AACGUGACCUAGUUAUGGAGUGGUGAUUUUCAUGGAUCAGUUUGAACAAAAACAUUGCCGAAUUCGAACCGUUGCUCUCUGAUCUUAUCUCGCCGGCAGGGAUGGAGUUUCACCCCACUAUUCCACCAGGGGACCUUCCCCCUGCUGAGACUGCAGUUGAAGGUUACCAUGACAGCAGUCUCCAGGGAGACUUGGGUCUCUAUGGUGACCAGUUGCCAGGCAGCAUGGAGCAUGAAUACAAGGAGUUCCACAGCAUCUUGGUGGACGGUGGCAGCCAUUUUGGAGUGUCAGCUGUGGCGUUUGAUGGCCAGGAAGAGCUGCUGUGGAUGGGUAACCAAGGGGGUCAUGUGACAUCAUACUAUGGCCAGGGCAUGCAGAAGUACACAUCAUUCCAAGUGGAUGCCAGGUUUGAUGUGAGGCAGCUCCUCACUCUGGACACGGGCGUCCUCUCCCUGAUGAGGAACCAUCUGAGGUGUUCUCACAGGUUUGGGAGGACACUGUUUGACUAUGGAGAUGAGAGGUUACAGGACAUGCAGUGUAUGCUGCAGACAGGUGGAGAUAAGUUACUGCUGGGAGGCCACCAGACCAAGAUGCUGGAACUGGACCUGAACAGUGUCCAGGUGGUCAAAGAGGUUGAUGUAGAGGAGGCUGGAUGUGCCAUAAUGAGGCAGACCAACAAGUACCUGUUCAGUGGCGACACCAGUGGCAAGGUGACCCUCAGAGACCCCCGCACACUGAAGUCGGAGCAUGUGUUAGAGGCUCACACUGGAACACUCUCUGAUAUGGAUGUCCAUGAAAACCUGCUGAUCACCUGUGGAUUCACCAGCAGGUGCUGUACUUUAUAGAACCCCUGAGAUGUGUAUUGGAAAGUCAUCUCUGUCUGAAGGAGUUCUGUCUCUCCUGUGAGCUGGGAUUUCUGUUCCAUAUGUUGGACAAACAGAAGGGGCAGACAUGUCAGGCGAGUAAUUUCCUGAGAGCUUUCCGUACAAUCCCAGAAGCCUCUGCGUUGGGUCUUAUCCUCAACGACAAUGAAGAAUCCAGCGCAAAGACCAACUUCUCCCGUCUCAUCCAAAGCUGGAGUCGCUUCAUAGCACAACAGUUACAUACUGAAACCUCCCAGAAGACCAAGACCAAGAUAGCAGAGAUAAUUGAGAAAGAAGAGCGGAGACAGCAGGAGGAGCACGAACAUGAACAGACAGCUGAUGAAGGGACUACAGAGGUGACACCUACAGUUGAGGAGGCGACUGAAGCACAACCCUCAGCAGAACCUUCUGCAGAUGAAGAGAAGGAGAAAGAAAAUGAGAAAGCUGAGGAAAAAGUUGAAGUGACAAGGAGUGGAGAGAUCUCUCCUCAGACCACGGUACCUGGCCGGCUGUUCUACACAGAAGUGAUCAGCUCAUUCAAGUGUCGCUGUGGUCUCAGCAGUUCCAGAGCAGGGACGUCCACACUGUGUAAUCUUACAUAUCCCGAGAUAGAUGACAGUAAAGGUCUGGUACAGUAUACAUUUGCUGAUGUUCUCAGACACAGUAUGGUAUCAGAACAGAACACACAGGCCUGGUGUAAUACCUGCUCCAGAUAUCAGCCUCAUGUCCAAACCAAAGUAUUGAAGAAUCUACCAGAUGUCCUGGGGGUGAACUGUAAACUGGACAAUGAGAGAGAUCUGGAGUUUUGGAGUACCCAGAAGAUGUUAUUAAAGAGACGACAGGAGGAAAUGGAGGCCAGGAAUCCAGAUUUACAAAUGGCCGCUGCCUACGCUGCCGCCAUGCAGAGAAAGCCGUGCAGAUAUGGCGCUGCCUGCACUCGCAAGGACUGCCACUUCUGGCACAAUGAUCCAGAGAAAGAUAAGAUAGAAAUAAAGAAGUCUGAAGACGAGCCUGGUUGGAUUCCAUUUCUGUUGAAAAUGAGGCUGACACCAGAGGGCAGUGUGGAGGUGGAGGAACAAGAAGUGACAGAAGAGAGAUUUAUCCCAGAGCCAGGCUACACGUAUUAUGACCUCCUGGCCACUGUGGCGCACGUGAAGGAUGCCAAGACGGGAGGUAACCUGGUCAGCCAUGUCAAGGUUGGGGAGACGUACCACCAGAGGAAAGAGGGCGUCACUUGUACACAGUGGUAUCUGUUCAAUGACUUCUCCAUCACUCCCAUAGAAGAGCUAGAGGCAGUCCAGUUUAACCUGGAGUGGAAGUUUCCAUGUCUGAUCUACUUUAUAAGAAAAGAUCUUAACCAACACUAUGACAUACAGAUCAAGAACCCUGUCAGCUCAGAUGUGCUGUUUGCUGAUGCAUCCCUAGUCAACCCCAAGAGAAGGAAGAUCACCUACUCUCCACUCAGCCUGGAUGAGCUGCCACAGAAAGGUGACCUGGUGGGUCUGGAUGCUGAGUUUGUCUCCCUCAACCAGGAAGAAGCAGAGUUGAGAAGUGAUGGGACACGUUCUACUAUCAAACCCUCCCAGAUGUCUGCAGCUAGGAUUACCUGUAUAAGAGGACAAGGAGAGGGUGAGGGGGAACCCUUCAUAGAUGAUUAUAUUGCUACUCAGGAACAAGUAGUAGAUUACUUGACCCAGUUUUCUGGCAUCAAGCCUGGAGACCUGGAUGUAACAGUGUCCUCCAAGCACCUGACCACGCUGAAGUCUGCCUACAUCAAGCUCAGGUAUUUGGUGGACACUGGGGUGGUCUUUGUGGGCCACGGCCUGAAGAAGGACUUCAGAGUGAUUAAUUUGGUGGUUCCUAAAGACCAGAUAGUGGACACUGUCCAUUUGUUUCACCUGCCACGCCAGAGAAUGAUCUCCCUCAAGUUUCUGGCCUGGUAUUUCUUAGGCAUCAAUAUUCAGUCUGUUACCCAUGAUUCCAUAGAAGAUGCCAGGACAGCCCUGAAGCUGUAUAAGAAAUACCAGGAGCUCUCUAAUGAAGGAGGAGAUAAAAUCAGAGAAGCUCUCAAAGAAAUGUAUGAAAAAGGGCGCCAACUGUCAUGGAAAAUACCAGAAAAUGAACAGUGACUAUAGCUUUAAGUUAAUAAACACUUUAUUUUACUGAUGACUAGGGGACUGCCUUUAAUCUGUAUCAGAAAUGUUAGCAGCUCUCUUUGAUGGCAGAGAUAAAAUAAAAGAGAGUUGGGAGAUAUAUACAUAAGAAAAAGGAUGUAAAGUAGCAUGGAAAAGGCGUGAAAAAGAGGAAUGAAUCUAGCUGUUUUUUUACCAGAGAAAUACUGUGCUCUGUUGAGGAUAUGAGCACUGCCCAGAUAAAAAUUACAAAAAUCUUGUUUUUAUCUUGAUAAAGAUAGAGGGUCCAUUUUUUUAUUACUUUACUUAACUUUUGUAUCCAGUUUUUUUAAAUGAAACAUGAAAAGGAAAAUUAGUAGUGGCUUUAGUUGAUUCAGUUUGUUACAAACUUGCAAGACUUAGUUAAAAAUGAUCGUACAAUGUAAUUAGAGUAAUGAACCUGACAUCUAAAUAGUGUCUUGUAAGGAAAGCAUUGUUGAAAAUAUAUAUGCUAGUACAAGAAAAAUUGGAAGCAAGCAUAAAAAGUUCCAGAAAAAAUACACUUUGCUUAUUAUUUUUUUUAUUCAUUUAUAUAUAAAAGAUAGGCAUUGCUGAAUUGGGACAUAUUUGCGCUUGUAUGAUUUUAGACAGAACAAAUAUUUUGACCAGAAAAAGAAAGUAAGAUAUGAUUGCUAAUUUUAAAAUGAAAAUUUAUUUAUAAAGAAUGGUUUGACAAUAAGGUAAAGUUCAUUUUACUCAAAAGAACAUUUUUGUCUGUAAUUUUGUAUGAAAGAAAAAAUGUGAAAUAAAGAAAAUCCAAAGAGAAAUU